AUGCCUCCAAGAAAGAAUCGCCUAAUAGCUAGCUGCCAACGAUGUCGUGUCCGACACUUUAGAUGUGACAUCAAUGACCUGGAUUGUGAGCACUGUCAACAAGCUGGUGUGGAUUGUGACAGAACCAAUGUCCGGUUUCGCAAUGGCCUCUCAUUACCCAAAGAAGCUGAGAUUGCCUUCUCAGACCAGAGAUUCUGGCCCCAGCUGCGUGGCAAAGUGCGUUUCCAUGAUGAAACACCCGAGAUCGCUAGCCUGUACUCGACUCCUCAGCAUGGCCAGCCGGCUUUUACCAAUAAAAUUGGUUGCAAAGUAACAGUCGGGCUGAGAGAAGAGCUCGCUAAUGGUACCACCAAAGAUGCCUUAGCCCAAUUUCCAGUUUCUACAGAAAGUUUGUCGCCGUCUGUUCUAUCCCUGUCUUCUCCAAGAUCAAUCGAAUCAAAAACAUCAUCCAAUCCUUCGCAACCGCUAAGCGAAAGGGAAGCCAUACUGUUGAGGAAUUUUAUUGAGAAUAUGGCGCUCUGGGCUGAUAUCACGGACCCCCACCGCCAUUUUGAAACAGAGGUGUCAGCUAGGGCAUUGAAAGAGCCCGUCUUACGCUAUGCAAUUUUUGCAUUUUCUUCGCGCCAUCUUGGCCGACAGGACAACAGCGAUGUAACAGAGGCACUGCAGUACCAUAAUCGUUGUGUUCAACUGCUUAUUCCAGUCCUUUCUGGGCCUCACGACCACAUCACCGAGGAUAUUCUAGCUGCAGUCGCUAUACUCCGCCAGCAUGAGGAAAUGGAUGGGGAGGACAAUCAAUUCCAUCUUACUGGCACAACCCACAUACUGAAUACAGUGUCGGCCUUUGGCUCUUCGGGUGGCCUGGGCGAAGCUGCUGCCUGGCUUUGUUUGCGGCAGGAUAUCUAUAUCUCACUAACCAGCCAACGGCCUCUGCGAACCAAUCUACAAAGCUUUCACCACUCAGAUGUGUUUCAAAGAAAUGAUGACUCUGCAUGGUCCAGCAGAAUGGUGUUUCUGCUUGCUAAUGUUCUCCAGGGUGCUUUCACAAACUCCACUAUAACACAGGGGAUAGACCACGAGAUCGAAGAGUGGUAUUCCACCAAACCGCAUACCUUCGACCCGGUUAGAUCAGUCGCACAAGGUCCCGGGCCCGAUCAACGACUCCCUACCAUGUGGAUGCUGCUACCCGUGCAUGUUAUUGGCAUUCAAUACUACCAUAUUGCCAAGAUUGUUUUGGCGCUUUCCGAUCCUUCACGGGCCUCCUCCACCUAUGAGAGUUUGCGACAUUCCCGAACAGUGGAGAAGAAUGUACGCCACCAUCUGCUUAUCGUCAUGGGAUUGGCACAGUCCAACACGAAAGCGGAGAACACGUUGUUUACUGCACGUCAUAGUCUAGUCGCCUGGGGUUGGGUCCUUCGACAUCCCCUCGAUCAAAGGGCUGCCGAGUCAUUAUUGCAAGCCAUGCAUGCAAGGACUGGUUGGAAUAUGAAUCCCCUCAUCGACACAUUGCGCGCACAGUGGCAAGAGAUGGAUGAAAGUUGA